CAACAAGCAACCGCGACAACCUUCAGAAUGGCCGACGUCGAGACAGCUACACCUCCAGUCAUGGCGCAAGAGACGGAGGCAGAGGAGACUUCUACAGCGCUCACAACAACGAGUAACGAGGUCGCGGCGCCUGCAGAGAGAAAGGUCAAGAAAAUCAUUCGCAAGAAGAAGCGUCCCGCGCGACCGCAAGUCGACCCCUCGACUAUGAAAUCCGAACCUCCUCCUCAGACAGGUACAAUCUUCAAUAUCUGGUACAAUAAGUGGUCUGGUGGCGAUCGCGAAGACAAGUAUUUGUCAAAGACAGCUGCCAAGGGGCGCUGUAAUAUCGCGAAGGACAGUGGAUACACCAAAGCCGACAAAGUCCCUGGAAGUUACUUCUGCCUAUUCUUUGCGCGGGGAUUAUGCCCGCGAGGCCAAGAAUGCGAGUAUUUGCACAGAUUACCGGGUAUUCAUGACAUGUUCAACCCGAACGUCGAUGUCUUUGGAAGGGACAAACACUCUGAUUAUCGAGAUGACAUGGGAGGUGUUGGAAGUUUCAUGAGGCAGAACCGAACAAUCUACGUUGGCAGGAUACAUGUUAGCGAUGAUAUCGAAGAAGUGGUCGCAAGGCAUUUUGCGGAAUGGGGCCAAGUUGAGCGAAUACGUGUUCUCAAUACUCGAGGUGUCGCGUUCAUUACGUAUUCGAAUGAGGCAAACGCACAGUUCGCAAAGGAGGCAAUGGCGCAUCAGUCAUUAGAUCAUAACGAGAUUCUGAACGUCCGGUGGGCCACCGCGGAUCCAAAUCCAAUGGCUCAAGCACGAGAGGCACAGAGGAUUGAAGAGCAGGCGGCAGAAGCUGUGCGAAGAGCCUUGCCCGCCGAGUUUGUAGCUGAGAUUGAAGGCCGUGAUCCAGAAGCUCGGAAACGGAAAAAGAUAGAGGGCGGUUUCGGCUUGGAAGGGUACGAGGCUCCUGAUGAUGUAUACUUUGCAAGGGGCGCGAACGCAGUCAACCCCAUCGGCAGGCAGGGUUUGGAACUUGAAGAGGAGCAGAGGUUGAUGAUCGAGGCGGACCAGACGGAGAAGACUGAGACAGAGGAAAGUGGUAUAUUCUCGAGCAACACACUUGCGGCAUUGCAAGGUGCACAAGGGGCAUUCACCUCAAAACGAAAAGCAGCAGCCCCUUCGGGACCAUUGGUGGCUUAUGAUAGUGAUAGCGAUUAAACGGCCUAUCAGCGUAUUGGCGUUGAGGAGUUGGGAAGGACUGGCGCUACAACAACCAGAUUCAGUGAGGUAGCUCAAAUGCCACAUUAUUCGGAUGGUU